AAGGCACGAGGCGGGCAGGCCGGCUCACUAUCCGCCCGCCCGCCCGCCGCAGCCGCCGCCGCCGUCGUCAUAGGCGACCCGGUUCCUCUCUCCCACUCCAGCCGAGCUCCAGCGGCCGGCUCGCACGCACUUUGACUCCGGGCUGCGCCAGUGAGUUUUUGCCUCCCUCCCGUCCCGGCCCCGCGGCGGAGUAGGACUCCGUCCGCCGCGUCAUGGAAGCUCUCCCGGGGCGCGUCAAGGUGUAGCAGGACGGACGAGUCGCCAUGGAGCCUGACGUCAUGCGGCUGUACUCGUCGUCCCCGCCGCCCAUGGAGGACGCCGAGGAGGAGGAGGAGGACGACGACCAAGACGACUUUGGCGAUUUCGGCGCUUUCUCCGCAGUGUCGGCCAGCGGCGGCGGCUUCGGCGAGCCGGACGCGCCCGGACACGCCUCCUUUGCCACCUCGCCGCCGGAGCUCCUCAACGGCCCGCCGGCCGCCGAGGAGGCGGGCCGUCGCGAGGCCAAGGCCAACGGCGCGGCCCCCGCCGGCCACCCGCCGCUCGUCCGACGCCGCGACCGGUCCGACGUUGGGAGACCCGUCCCCGGCGCCGCGGGCGACGGCGUCAUCGCAAACGGAUUCGCCGCUUCGGACGUCGGGCCCGGUCGGCGCUCUUUCCUCGGCGACCGCGCCGCGGGAGAUGCGGACGGCGGUCCGGAGGCGGAGUUUGCCGAUUUUGCCGCUUUCUCGGACACGGGGCGGCGCGGAGACGCCGCCGGGAGGACCGCGUCCGAGCGCGAGGCCCCGCCUCUUCCUGCGACUUGCCACCCGGACGCCGACUUUGUGCCCGACCGCGCUAACGGCGCCAUGGAGACGGACGCGGAAACGGAGACCCGCUUAGGCCGUCCGCUGUCCAAUGAGGCGCCGGAGGACACGAGCGCGACCGGUUCGGCGCCGUCGCCGCCCCCCCUACGGGAGGAGAACUCCACGCCCGCCGACCACGGCCAGCCGGACGAGGACGAGGAAUUUGGGGACUUUGGCGACUCGGACGGGCCCCGCCCUGACGCCGACGGGGAGGGAGGAGCGUCUUUCGCCGACGCCGGAUGGAGCGCCUUCGGGGAGGAGUCGGAGGGCGAGUCGUGGGCGGCCUUCCGCUCGGAGGCCGCCGCCCCCGCGGAGGCGCCGUUGAGUCGAGUGGAGAAGUUGUUGGAGGCCAGCUUCCCCCGGGCCGACGGGCCCCUGACCGCCGCGGAGGGGCGGGUGGCGUCGCUCCAGACGCUGGUGGAGGCGUGCCAGGACGACGCUGGCGGCGUGCUCAGCGGCGGCGGCGCGUGGCGGCGGCUGCGAGACGUCCACGAGGCGGUGGGCCUCGGACAUCAGUGGGGGGGCUCCUACUGCAACAAAACGCUGCUCGGCUGCCUCGGCAUCGACACGCGCAACAUUCUGUUCACGGGACAGAAGAAGCAGCCGCUCAUCGUACCCGUCUACGCAGCCAGCCUGGGCAUGUUGGAGCCCACCAAAGAGCCGGCGAAGCCCGUCUCGGCAGCCGAGAUGAUCGCUUCCAUCGCACAAGCGCCGGCGGCUCCGGACGGCGCCUCCUGCCCCUCGGAUGUCGUCGUCCAGGAGCCGCUCCCGCCCGUCCGGUUCGACUGGAGCAGCAGUGGCCUUACCAACCCUUUGGACGCCAGCGGCGGCUCCUUCCUACUAAACCUGGACUUCUUUGGUCCCGUGGACGACUCGGGCUCGUCCUGCUCGCCCGCCAUCCCAGGCGUGGACCCCGAGUUGGUGGAGCUGACGACGGCCAAGAUGGAGCCGGGCGGCGGCGGUGGCGCCGGGGGCCGCGUGGUGGAUGCCUUCGCCCGCCUCAUGUCCACCAUGGACAAGACCAGCACCUCCACCCGGAGGAUGCGAAAGGAAGAAAGACUGAGCUCGGAGGCGGCCGAGGUGAUCUGCGGCCUUCCCGACCUGUCCUUCAUGACGGCCAAGGUUCUGAUGUUCCCCGCCACGCUCGUGCCGCUCGCCUCUCAGGCCACGCCCGACUGAAGCGCCGCCGCACUCGCCCACACCCCCCCCCAACACACCCUAUUUCUUGUUUUCUGUCACCCCGUCUUGCUAUUUUUCCCGCUUUUUGAUUGAAAACAUUUAUCACGGCGGAGGUGGGGAGUGGUGGCUUUUUCGACGCCACCUUAGCUUGCGCGGUGGUUGUGUAUAUAAUCGAGGAAGGAACGCAAACGGUGAUUAUGGAUAUCCAACCAAUCAAUCUCUUAUCAAUCGAUGGACUUUGGCCGCUCUGCCCGCUGCUGACAUCGCUCUGAAUGUCUCCAGAGGUCGGUCGGCACGUGAUGCUGAGGUUGCUUGCUCCAUGUGUCUAUGAAGGGACCAAUUUGUGUGUGAGAGAUGGAAAUGGAUGUAAAAUAAAUAAAAAUACCACAAAAAAAAGUUCUGAUGAGAGAAAAAUACCUUAAAAUGGAAUCACUGGAAAUGGUUUGUCCAUUUUGACUUUUAGUCUCCACAAAUUAAAAAGUCAUUGAAGAAGAAAUAAAAUCAA